AUGCCUCCACGAAUCCAGCCUCAGCGGCUGCAGACACCAUGCACAUGCCAAUGUUUCCGCACAAGGCCUAACACCACACCUGAAUCUCUACCCAACUCAUCACAAGUCCGCCAUUUCGCCUCAUCCGAAUCAAGGCAAAGGCGGGACCGCGCUGCAUCAGGUUUCGUCAACCCGGCAGCGACACGUUUGCGGCGUAACAUGCAAGAAUGGCUCAAUGGCCCUGGCAAAGCUUUCCGCGAGCCACUCCAGAACAGCACGAACUACAUGAGUGCUUACGACAGGCAAGGCAACCUUCUGAGAGGCAAGCGUCCACGCAACCCGCGUGACAUGCAGGAGGAUCCAAGCAAGCCCGAGGAAGUCAUACCUGAAGAGGAAGAGGCAGCCCUGCAGGCCAAGCAAAGAGCAGAUAACAUGGAAGAGUAUGAGAUUCAAGAGCAAUUCGAGAAGCGUGCCAUGGCAAGAGCAAAGAACGCAGCACUUGAAUCACGAGGCGGUAUCCCACCUGAAAGACUUGGUGACAUGCGGCCGUAUCCGCUCAAUCACGUGUUUCGGUCGGAGCGCGUGCUGAGCGAAGAGUUGCGCGAAGCCAUCUACAACCAGGUUGUUGCCAGGGGUACGGAUAUCUCGACAGUCAGUGCCAUGUUCAGCAUUGACGUUCGCCGCGUUGCUGCUGUUGUGCGUCUGAAGAGUAUCGAGAAACAGUGGGUCUCCGAGGGAAAGCAAUUAGCAAAGCCUUACAAUGAUGCUGUCCUGUCUAUGCUGCCACAGACACCGUUUAGACCGGACCUCCCUACAGAAAAGAUUGUCCCGCACGAGACCAUCAACGACUUGCCUGUACAUCCCAAGACACGGCAGCAGAUGUUCUAUCCUGUCUCAGAGUCGAGGCAGUUCACACGAGAGGACGCUGCCAAGGCGUUUGAUGAGAAACUAUUACCUGCUGAUAAGCGAAUCGCCCACCCAGACAUGAUCGCCAGUGAGAAGGAUGCGUUGGCAGGCAUGUCUCGCGAGCAACGAUUCGCCAAGGUACACGAGAGGGAUGCCAAAGCUGCGCAGGAGAAGCGGGAAGCUGAGCAGAAACGACGACGCUGGGAAGAGCGAACACAGAGAGUCGUGCCCGGGCGACGAUGGGACUUUAAGUUUCAAGACAUCAGCGCCGAGAAGACUGGCAAAGAUGGACGAGCAAGAAACGCGGUCGGUGUCAGAUACGGAAUGCCGCAUGAGGAUCGCAAGAGUAAUGCGGUCAAGAUACCCACAAGUGUUGAGUGA